AUGGCGCGCUCUAAACACUCACGAAAUUGCCCCCACGCCGUCUUAUUUACCGACAAGUCCCCACAUGCUUCGGCCAUCUCGUGCUACCAACGCCCAUCCAGGGAAGACCGUUUAGCAGCAGCCACUCUUGCGAAUAAACAAAGCUCAGCAUCAACUUCGAAUGAUGGGGAGCCUCCAAUCUCGGCCUUCCCUGGUGUGAAUCUCACGCCACAAGACGCCCUUGAUUUGGAUCCAAAAGAACCACCACAAAGCCUCAAGUCUUUUGCACGAGAAAGUCACCGCAACUCGGUCACUACAAGAAGAAAAACUCUCUACGUUAUCAAUAGCCCUUCACUAGCUCCCGAUGCUGCUUGUAUGAGCGACUGGGUGAAACCGCAGACGGUCGUGGGCACCGACUCAGAGCUUGAGCACGAAAAGCCAAGAGCAGACGAUAUCGCCGAGUACAUUGAGGCCUUCUAUCACGGACUUGACGUCAAAGUUCUCAACGAUAACUCCAAGAGUCGCCAAGCUGACAAUCGAGGAAAUGUUGAUCUUGUGAUCGACAAUGGGACGCCUACCCGAGUCGACUUUCGGGCGUCGGGCGAUGGUGUUGCAAAAGGUCAGCUCAAUCUCUCGCACAUGCUUGACGGGUUGUUGGCGAAUGUGCCGAAGGAUGCCUUUGCUGUCAUACUCUUAACGCACUUUGACCUUUAUGAAGACGAAGAGGAUGACUUCUGUGCUGGGCGAGCAUUCGGGGGCUCUCGGAUCUGCAUCGUUUCAACAUUUCGAUACAAUCCAAUGUUGGAUGAGCACAACAAGGUUGAUCACGCACAUAGCUGGCCGGCGUCUCAUUGUCAGGCCUAUGUGAAUGGUCUUUGGGAAAAGGAUGAGCCCGAACUCAAAGGGAGGCACAAAGAGUUUGACUCUGCGGUGAUGAUUCACUGCAACAACACAUCCGAUUCACCUCUUGCGGCCGCUGUAGUAGCAUCAAGAGGCAUACUGGUGCCUAAGACACCGGCUGACUGGAAUGGGCUUUGGCUAACGAGAGUGUGUCGCACGGCGGCCCAUGAGCUGGGACACUGCGUGGGCAUGGGGCACUGCGUGUACUACGCGUGUAUGAUGCAGUCGACGGCAAACAUAGCUGACGAUGUGCGCCAGCCGCCAUAUCUUUGUCCUGUUUGUGAAGCCAAGGUGGCAUACACGACCCGUGGAGAAGUUGUAAAAUCUAGUCGAAACGUGGAGAUGAGGCGAAACGUGGAGGCGCAGUGGGUUGUAGAGGCGCAUCGGCGGAUGAGAGAUUACUGUGAGGAGCACUCACACAUAGGCAUGCUGAAGGCCUACGGCGCGUGGUUGACGGCGAGGUUGAAGCAGAUUGAGAGUGAACGGGAGAAGAAUGACGUCGAGGUCAUUGUCAUUGAUUCGGAUUAA